AUGCCUUUCUCUCACCACAGCCAUUCGGGCCAAUUCUGCGGUCAUGCAGUCGACACACUGGAACAAUGCGUACAGAGAGCCAUCGCUCUGAGAAUGUCCACUUUCUGCAUGACAGAACACAUUGCUCGAGAGGAGAUUGAUUUCUAUCCAGGGGAGGACAAAGUGCACACCAUGCCAAGUCUAGAGCGACUUUACGAUGACUUCUACCACGAAGCAAGACGUCUGCAAAAGAAGUAUGCCGACCAGAUCCAACUCCUGAUUGGUUUUGAAGGCGAGUGGAUACGAGACAGUUCCCUCGACCUCAUACAGAAUCUUCUCAAGACAUAUGAGGUUGAUCUGUUCGUUGGUAGUGUUCACCACGUUCAUACUAUUCCUAUUGAUUAUGACACGCCUUACUAUCACAAAGCUCGCGAGGUGGCUGGCGGUAGCGACGAGCGGAUCUUCGAGGAUUAUUUCGAUUCGCAAUAUGAAAUGCUGAAGGCGUUGAAGCCGCCGCUCAUAGGUCAUUUUGACUUGAUACGCUUGAAGAGUGAUGAACCUGACCUCAGCUUCAAAACUUGGCCCGCCGUUUGGCAGAAGAUCAUGAGAAAUCUGAGAUUCAUCGCUGAGUAUGGUGGCGUUCUGGAGCUGAACUCCAGUGCAUUGAGGAAAGGUAUGACCGAGGCAUACCCACAAGCUGAGAUCUGCAGAGAAUUCAAAGAUCUGGGUGGCCGCUUCACAUUCUCCUGUGAUAGCCACGGUGUUGAGCAGGUCGGUCUCAACUUUGCGAAGAUGUUGGACAACAAUGUUCUGCGAGCGGGCAUCGGUGAGCUGUAUUACCUUGCGCCUGCGACGGACAAAGCAAGCCUCCACGAUCAUCGUUUCCCCAAGGUCUGCUGGACCAAGAUUUCGACGCUGGAUGUUCAGCUACAUCCAUUCUUCAAACAAGAUACGAACGGAGCUUGACCGCGGGGCUCCAUUGCGGCUUCACGGCGUGAAGUUUGAGAGAUCGGGCAAGUGUUGAUGUUCUAAAGCACGCACGCCGCUGGCAGAGGCUGUCGUGCUGGUUAUUACCAAAUCAGCACAACCAUGAUUGCCAAUCGAGGCAAAGCAACCCUGCAAAUCUUCUGACACGGCCAACAAGUCGAGUCUCCCGUACCACCUCUCGGCUGCGGGUCAAUGACUCAGCCUACAUGGUUGUUGGCAACUUCACCUCUUCGGUCCGCACCGAUGCCUGGGAACGAAUGCCAUCAACCUUACACCGACUAUAGCGGCACCGCCCCAACUGUUGUGUGCCGUGUCAAGGGAGGUCAAAUUGCGAGCGGUAAUUGCCGGUGUCGGUGUCUAUCAUCUCAGGCUUGCCGGAAGGUUGUGCUCAGAGUAAGUAGUAGCGAUAGGUAGCUGCUGUGGACUGGAGAAGAGCAUGUGUGUCGAUCGUUUAUUCCUCAACUUUGCGCAUAGCGCGGCUAGGGUAAAACCAUCAAGUCCUAUAGCGAGUAUGCAGCAAGGGACCUGCG